AUUAGAACGCUCCCUGAUUGUUUAGCUCCACGGGCUGCAGCGCCGUCCAUGAAUCUCUAUUCAGUGUCUCAAAGCGUCCUGCUGCUGCCUCUCAACCGAAUGGGAUUCCACGUAGGCAUUGAGAGAUAAUCUAAAGUUUAGAAAGUAUUUCAAAAGUUUAUUUUUUGUUAUUAUUAUAUUUUCAGUGGUAGUAUUUUUCAUUAUUAUUGUUUUGAGCGUGGAUGCUGUGGGAAGCUAGAGAUGGACCCUGCAUUUUCCAAACGGAACGCGGCGUUGAGAUUAGUUGACUUGGCAGGGGCUCACCACCAUCACCAUCAUCACCAUACCCCUCAGAGCAUGACAGGCUUCCCGGGGUUCAGCAGCCAUCCCCACUCAAUGGCACACCCGCACCCUGGGGAGAUUACUUCAGAACCCCGCCUGGGGCCAAGUCCAUUCGGGUCAGAACACAUGGGGCAUUCCUCGGCCCUCAAACUCAGUCCAGCCCAUCAUUAUCCCCACCACCACCACCACCACCAUCAUAAUCCUCAUUUGGCAGGCCACACCGAAGUGGUCUCCAGUCAAACGGGAGCUUUUGGCCCUGUGCAGGCUGCAGUCCCAUAUCCCAUGUCUCACACAGCCCAGGCGUUAUCGGCAGGCAGGGAUUUUUUUUUACGCAGAGACCUGACAGCUCCAGCCAUGCCAGGACUUACUGAUCCUGGUACAAGUUCUCAUCACGGAAUGUUUGUCUCAACAACAGGUAGCUACCCUGGACUCCAUGGUCAUCACCCCGAAGCAGGAAACCAUACUCUCUUCUCUGGACUCCACCACGAACAGUCUUCUAACGCAGCUCCAGGUGGCCACGCUUUGAAUGGACAAAUAAGGUUAGGCAUACCUGGAGAAAUGUACGCUAGGGCUGAUCAUUUCAGUCAAGUUGCAAAUUCCAGGACUGAUCCGUUUACUGCAUCCCCUCUGCUCGGCUACAGUGGCAUGAAUCUGAACAUGAAUUUAAGUGGUCACCACCACGGACCGGGUGCUUUUUUUCGUUACAUGAGGCAGCCGAUCAAGCAAGAACUUAUUUGCAAGUGGAUGGAGCCAGAACAAGCCCCGAAAAUACUUUGCUCUAAAACAUACAGCAACAUGCACGACCUGGUAACGCAUGUCACAAUAGAGCACGUUGGGGGACCCGAGCAAGGUAAUCAUAUCUGUUUUUGGGAAGAGUGUCCCAGAGAAGGAAAACCCUUCAAAGCCAAGUAUAAACUUGUAAAUCAUAUCCGAGUACACACCGGCGAGAAGCCGUUCCCUUGCCCAUUCCCUGGCUGUGGCAAAGUAUUUGCAAGAUCCGAAAAUCUCAAGAUACACAAAAGGACUCACACAGGAGAGAAACCUUUUAAAUGCGAAUUCGAUGGCUGCGAUAGACGUUUUGCUAACAGCAGUGACAGAAAGAAGCACUCCCACGUGCACACCAGUGAUAAGCCAUAUAACUGCAAAGUGAGAGGCUGUGAUAAAUCCUACACACACCCCAGCUCCCUACGAAAGCACAUGAAGGUGCAUUGCAAGUCUCCACCUCCGAGCUCCGGCUAUGAGUCCUCCACACCUUCUCUGGUUUCUCCCUCCUCGGACUCAGGUCGAGACCCAGCUUCCUCCGCUCACUCCGAGCCCCUCUCUUCCUCCCAAGCAGCCAACUUGAGUGAGUGGUACGUGUGUCACAGCACGGGGGCAAGCAGGAUCCCAACUCCUCCCAGCAACUCUUCUUCACUUGACCCUUCGGACGAGCCUUCGUAUAGAAACUCUGGACACAGAAAUACAUUUUAAAUCAUGCUGUAAGACAACUCCAAUGCAUAUGUUUUGCAGAUGCUAAAGAAGUUGUCAGAAACAGUUAACCACUCAAUGCUUUGUCAAAUCUUGUAUACACAGAUAUAAUGUAAUGCCCUGGCACAUAAACGAUUCAUAAUAAUAACACACAAUAAUAAUAGCAGGCUAUAUCUAUAUGGACUAAUGUGUAGUGCCGGACACUUUCUAAACCCUUUCUAAUGACAACAUUUAUUUGCUCAAAUUUAUGUAAAAUUCUGUUUUUGCGUCCCCUCUGGUCUUAAUUUAUUUUUUCAACUUGACAUGAACACAUUUUUGUAUUAUUGAGCCAAAGUGUUUUUUCAAUAGAGGAUAUUGUACAUUUGUAAAUGGUGGUGUUCUUAUGUCAGUGUUUAAUAUUUUGUAAAGUGCUAUCUUUUCAGUCGUUUUGGAACAAAUAAAUAUUUUUUAUUGUUUGUUACUGGUUUGUAUAAAAAUGAAAUGAAAUAUGACUUAUUAACAUUUUUUUCUUCUACUGUGUAUAUGUUUUGUUUUCAGUCGGUACUAAAUUAAUGGGUACAUGCUGGCCUACACCUUAUGCUUUAUGGUAAUUUGCAAUUAAUUUACUUUAUUAUUGGAUACUGAUUUUUAUUUUUUAUUUUGUGUGUGUGUGUGUUUGUGUAAAUGUGGGUAAUUAAUUACUUUUGUAUUUCUUUUUUCUGCAUAAUUAAGAAUGCAACAAUGUGUACCUGUGUGCUACAUUGUGAAGUCCAGCUGUUCAACAGAGUUCUGAUUGUGUACCAAACUGCCUUGUAUUUUGUCAGUAUUUUAAAUAAACUGUGUACUAUAGUGAUAGUAUUGUAAAAACGCACAAGAUGUGUCAUGUAAAAUAAAAAUAAAAAUUGUAAUAGAAAAUUG